UUUCAAAUUAGAAGAACAACAAACAAUAUGGUCUCUUAGCCAAUUUCCUUGUAGAUCACCAAAAGAUAGGAAGGAGAAUGAUUCUCCUUGCAUGCUUCCAAGGUUAAAGAAGAUUAUAAAAAUAAUCAUUAUGCAUACAAACUAGCAAAAAACUAUAUACUCUGCAGCAUUUUUCCUUGUACCAAAGUAACCUUGAUAUCGUUCUUUUAAUAUAAUUUGUUGGCAUCAUGAAUGACCCAUUGAAUGCAGCAGCACAAAUGGGAGAUAUAGACUUGCUAUUCAAACUGAUUCAAAUCGAUCCUUACAUCUUAGAACGCUAUAAUUUAAUACCAUUUGUUGAUACUCCUUUGCAUAUUGCUGCAGCUUCUGGACAUACAAGUUUUGCCACUGAGAUUAUGAGACUAAAACCUUCAUUUGCUUGGAAACUAAACGAGUAUGGACUCAGUCCCAUACAUCUUGCUUUACAAAACAAAUAUCACAGAAUGGUUUGUCGCUUUGUAGAUAUUAAUAAAGACCUUGUCCGAGUCAAAGGGAGAGAGGGUCUAACUCCAUUGCAUAUUGCUACUCAAACUGGAAACUUUGAUCUUGUAGUAAAAUUCCUGUUUGUUUGUCCAGGUUGUAUUGAAGAUGUUACAGUUCGAAGUGAGACUGCUCUGCAUAUUGCUGUGAAAUAUAAGCAGUUUCAUGUUCUUGAGAUCUUGCUUGGUUGGCUUCGAAGGACAUGCCACAGACGUUCUCACCACAAGGAAAAACGGGUUCUGAAUUGGGAGGAUGAAGCAGGCAACACAAUCCUGCACAUGUCAGUUCUCAAUAGCUUCCCACAGGCAGUUGGAUUGUUGAUAGAUAGCAAUAUAGACAUAAAUGCCAAGAAUUUAGAUGAACAAACAGCAUUGGACAUAGUGGAGCAGAUUCAGAGCCAAGUUUAUAGUGCAGAAAUGAAGGACAUGUUGAUCAAAGCAGGAGCUUUGCAUGGUUUUUCACUUGCUCCUACUCCGCUUCACGAAGAGCUACAAUCAAAAAUCACAUUUAACGAGAGAAUAGCAAUUUGUGUUACUCGUUUAAGAAGGAGAAUUUCAAGUGACACAAGAAACGCUUUGUUAGUAGUUGCUAUUCUUUUCGCAACAAGUGCAUAUGAAGCAACACUUAACCCUCCAGCUGGUGGGGGGAAAUUAGUGAUGAUGAAAAUGCAUACAUACUUCUUAGGGUUUUGGUCGCUUAAUACAUUUUCAUUUUAUGUUUCAAUUUUGAUGAUGUGUUUAUUAAUGCCAAGAGGACGUAUAAGUGUUAUAGUGACAUGUCCACUUGCUCUAUUCUGUGGCUGUUAUAUGUUUUCCAUGCUGGUUAUAGCACCAAGCUAUACAUUUGGAAUUGUCACUGUGGCUAUCCCGUGCAUACUUGUGGCAGUGUAUUUUUGGGGAGCUAUGAUAUACAUUACAUUAGCUCAAAAGGUACGAAUGUAUGGUCGUGAAUGGGAAGAUGUAUCCAAGUUUUCAGAAGGAAACAAAUGGUAAAUUGGAGCAUCAGUCAA